UGCUCGGUGAUACUGCUAUCGCAGUGCAUCCUGAUGACGAAAGAUAUAAGCAUCUUCACGGUAAACAUGCAAUCCAUCCAUUUAAUGGAAGAAAGAUUCCUAUAAUAAGUGAUGAAAUUCUUGUUGAUCCAGAGUUUGGGACUGGUGCUGUCAAGAUUACCCCGGCCCAUGAUCCUAAUGACUUUAUGGUUGGGAAGCGCCAUAAUCUUGAGUUUAUCAAUAUCUUUACUGAUGAUGGAAAAAUAAACCAGUAUGGGGGAGCAUUUGACAGGGAUGCCACGCUUCAGAGCCCGAGAGGCUAUGACUGAUGCAUUAAAGAAGAAGGGCCUCUUCAAAGAAACUAAGACCAAUGAGAUGUGUCUUAGAAUUUGCUCUAGAAGUAAAGAUGUUGUGGAGCCUAUGAUAAAGCCCCAGCGGUACAUUAAAUGCAGCGAUAUGGGAAAUGAAGCUCUUAAUGCUGUCGCUGAUGAUGAAAAUAGGAAGCUGGAGAUUAUCCCAAGACAGUAUACUGCUGAAUGGAAGAGAUGGCUUCAUAACAUUAGUGAUUGGUGUGUCUCGAGGCAACUUUGGUGGAGUCACCGUGUUCUGGCACGGAAGUGAGGAAGAGGCUCAAGCAUUGGCUGAUCAAAAAUAUGAGGGAAAGAAGUUUCGAUUAGAACAGGACUCAGAUGAGCUUGACAGGUGGUUUUCGUCUGGUCUUUUCCCAUUGUCGGUAUUGGGCUGGCCGGAUGAUCCAGAAGAUUAAGAACUUUUUAUCCAAAUUCAGUUGUUGAAACUGGGCACGACAUUCUCUUUUUCUGGGUUGCUCGUAUGGUGAUGCUUGGAAAUAUAUUGGGCGGUAAUGUUCCCUUUACUAAGAUGAUUGCCCCUCAACCACAGAAGUAGUCCCACACUAGCCCCCUUAUUCAAAGACUUUUUCACCGUGAAUUUUGUUUUUUGGCAAAGCAUGUGAAGAUGUUUGGGGAUUCAUUUGAAUGUACUAACUGCAGUUAGAACAAAGUUUUCUUUUUAGCCCUAAUUCAACUUUCUUUUGCUGAGUUCAUUUUUUGGAUGUAUGUAUAG